AUGUCUAAUCCGAAUGACUACACCGUUGGAUGGAUAUGUGCGAUAACGACAGAGUACGUUGCUGCCCAGGAAUUUCUCGACGAAGAACAUGAGGGUCCCGGCUAUGUCUCUCCCAACGAUAACAACCAUUACACGCUGGGGCGCGUUGGGAGGCACAAUGUUGUUAUCGCUGUUCUGCCUGACAAUGAGUACGGAAAGUCUUCUGCUGCAGGCGUGGCAAAGUCCAUGAUGCAUAGCUUUCCUAAUGUUAGAAUCGGAUUGUUGGUCGGCAUCGGCGGAGGAGUGCCUGGUAAGCAUGACAUUCGUCUUGGGGAUGUUGUAGUAAGCUCUGGUACAAAUAAUGGCGGUGUGAUUGGGUAUGACAUUGGCAAAGACAUACAAGGACAAGACUUCAAGUUGACCGGAUUCUUGAACCAGCCACCAGUCCUCCUUCGGACAGCCAUGAGUGGCCUAAAAGCACGAUAUGAGCGCAAAGGGCACCAACUCUCCGAGACUGUCAAUACGGUUCUCAGCAAGAACAAACGGUUGAUCAAAAAGUACAAGCAGCCAGAAGCAUGUACCGCCGACAAACUCUUCAAAUCCGAAGUCACCCAUCACCUGGUCUGUGCGGCGGAGUGUCGUUAUGAUGAAUCGAAUUUGGUAUCACGACCCGAAAGAGAUGACCACGAAGAUAGUCCCGUCAUUCAUUACGGUCUUAUCGCCUCAGCCGACAAGCUAAUGAAGAACGCUUUAGCUCGGGAUAAGCUUUCAGAAGCGCAUGAUGUUUUGUGCUUCGAAAUGGAAGCAGCCGGGCUUAUGAACCACUUUCCCUGCCUGGUUAUUCGUGGCAUAUGUGACUACUCAGAUUCACACAAGAAUAAGCAGUGGCAGGGAUAUGCUGCGAUGGUGGCUGCGGCCUAUGCAAAGGACCUUCUUUAUCAGAUACCUCCGAACAGACUUGAAGCUGAAAGGAAGCUCAGCGACAUUCUAUCCGUAUUCCCAGAGGUUGCAAAGGAGCAUCGGGAUAUUUCGAAAGAGCACCGUGACAUUGCUGUUGAGCAACUCCAAGCCCAGAAAGACCUAGCCCAAAAUAGGCUAUCCGAGGAGCAACAAAGGUGCCACCAGGUGUUUCGCCUUACAAAUAGCAGCAAGGAUGCUACAUACGAAUGGUAUAAAGACCGAGUGGAAGAAAGGGUUGAAGAUACAUGUAUGUGGUUCCUCAAGCACAGGAACUUCCAGACAUGGUUGAAACAAGACUCUGGCCCAUUGCUAGUCUCAGCGGAUCCCGGCUGUGGAAAGUCGGUUCUAGCUAAGUACCUGAUAGACCACGGCCUACCGCGAUCAGCGAACAUUUGCUACUUCUUCUUCAAAGACCAAGAUCAGAACACCGUUAGGCAGGCUCUUUGUGCCUUACUUCACCAGCUCUUCUCACUAAAGCCAGCUCUGAUUGAACAUGCUAUGCCACAGUUCCUUAAAGAUGGGCAAGGUCUUGUUAAGUCUUCAGAAUCACUUUGGAAGAUCCUGCAAAGCUCUGUCGAGGACCCUCACACCGGAUCCGUGAUUAUAGUCCUCGAUGCCCUAGACGAAUGCGCCGAAUCGGACUUUGCGGAGCUUAUGCGAAAUGUGGAGAAACAAUUCCAUUACGGCCAGGCUGGGUAUGGCAAGUUGAAAUUUCUUCUGACAUGUCGUCCAUACAAUCAAAUCUUAUCCAGAUUCCACACCCUAUUGUAUGUGUUUCCGGAAAUACACAUACCUGGAGAGGAGGAGUCAGAAACCAUCGCUCAAGAGGUGAAUCAAGUUAUCAGAUACCGGGUCAAUCAGCUGGCGAUGAAGAAACGCUUCACAACCCAAAUCAAGGACCACCUAGAGAAGAAGCUACAGAAGGCAACUCAUCGAACAUACCUCUGGAUAUACCUUGUGUUUGACUAUUUGCAGAAACACGACUUUAAAAGAACAGUCAAGGGGAUCGAAGCCGUUAUCGCAAGACUUCCUACCAGUGUCAACGAAGCGUAUGAACAAAUCCUCGGUAAGGCCAGGAAGGAUCCGAUGGUUUUCAAAGUCUUAAGCAUCGUCUUAGCAGCGAGCCGACCACUGACCCUAUCGGAGAUGAACGUUGCUGUCAAUAUUGAUGACAAAUGCCAGUCUAUUGACGACCUCGACUUGGAGGACGAUGAAGACUUCAAGGCUCGUCUUAGAUCGUGGUGCGGAUUAUUUGUCUCCAUCCACCAAGGACACAUCUAUUUCAUUCAUCAAACAGCUCGUGAGUUUCUUCUCGCAGAUCCAUCAUCACCGAGACCCGUCUCGAUUGGCCUGCACUGGCAUCACUCUAUCAGUAUCCAGGACGCACACGUCACUAUUGCUAGGCUCUGCGUGCUCUAUCUGAACUUCUACAACUCGAAGGCUGGGAGAUUGACAGAUGUAGGUGGGGAAAACACUCAUUGUGGCGACAAAAACCCUUUCCUAGACUACUCGGCCAAAGCCUGGGCCACUCACUUCCAUAAGGCUGACUUCACUGACAAUGACGACAUUAUACCUUUAACUUUGAAGAUCUGUGAUACUGAUUCACAGAGCUACUCGGUAUGGUUUAAGAUCUAUUGGAAGAGCUUGGUUGUAAAGACUGGUAAGGGCCUUACGGAUCUGAUGGUAGCUUCAUACUUCGGCCAUUAUACCGUCGUUAAGCUGUUACUGAACAAGGGCGCGGAGAUAGAAGCCAAGGACAGCGAGUACGGCUUAACACCGCUACUAUGGGCCGUAAGGAACGGAUACAAGGCUGUUGUUGAGAUACUCCUCGAAAAGGGUGCUGAUAUCGAGGCAACAGAUACCAAGCGUGAUCAAACGCCACUAUCAUGGGCCACUGAGAAAGGGCACGACGCAAUCGCCAGGCUGCUGCUUGAUAAGGGUGCAGAAAUAGAAGCCAAAGACAGUCAAUAUGGUCAGACACCGUUACUACUGGCCGUCAGGGAAAAGCAUAAGGCUUUAGUUAAGGUACUGCUCGAAAGGGGCGCGGAUGUUGAGGCCAAGGAUAGAAAUGAUAGUUGGGGGCCACUGUUAUGGGCCGCCAGCAAUGGGUAUGAAGCUAUCGUUGAGUUACUUCUUGACCAGGGCGCCGAUACUGAGGUGAAAGACAACAUGUAUAGCCAGACGGCACUAUCGUGGGCGGCUGAAAGGGGGCACGAGGCCGUUGUCAAGCUGCUGCUCGUCAAAGGAGAUGCCAGCCCACAGGAUAAUGUUGGCCGAACACCAUUGUUUUUUGCGACUAUGAAUGGGCACGAAUCUAUCGCAAGGGCGUUACUUCACCAUGGGUCUGUUGAUCCUGACCAGGAAGACCGGUAUGGUUCGACACCUUUGUCAAUAGCUGUACGACAUUCUCGCACAGGGCUGGUCAAGAUGCUGCUCGCUACCGGCCAAGUCACCUUCCCGUCCGGGGAUCGUUUCGGACGGUGUUCGUGGUAUUGGGCUAGAAGGUGUGGAAAUGCCAGCAUCCAGCAAUUACUGCUUGACUACGCAAUUGGAAAAGACAUAACAGUUUGCGAGAGCGAUGGUGAUGUUGUCGUUGCAUCCUGUCAUGAGACAUCCAAGUUUUGUGAUGUAUGCACUUUGGGUAUUCAAGAGCCUGUGGCAUUCUACUGCUGCAAGUGUUCGGGGUCGCCUCUUUGUCCGGACCAUGGUAACGAUGAUAAAAUACAACGCCUUUGCCUGGGGAAGUUAAUUGAGGGCACAACUGAUCAUGGCACCCCGGAAGCACGCCUCGACGAGAUAUACCGAAAGGUGCUCGCCUUCCCUACAAGAGACUUGGCCGGCGAUGAGAGGGACCUCAAGUUCUUAGGGUACAGGUCUAUGCUGGGUUUGAUCGCUCUCGCUUUCGAACCACCGUCAGUGGUCACCAUCGAAAGGUUAUUGAAGCGGGAAGGGAUCCGGAAGACCCUCAUGAACUUUCGUUCUAUCCUAGAAGUCCCCCAAGAUGACCGAUCUCCGGGAACGGUCUGGGGCGACUUCGUAGUCAAUCCUGCGCAGGUCCACCAUGACUUGUUUCUCAACUGCCUUACCAUUAUGAACAAGUCUCUUCGCCAGGAUAUGUGCGGUCUCGCUCACCCAGGGACCUUUACUUCUAGCAUUCCGAAAAGCCGUGUUCAUGAAUGCAUACCACAACACAUCAGAUAUGCUUGUCUUCAUUGGUCAGACCAUCUCUCCAAGCUCAGUAGUCCCAAGCCGGCACCUGGACCUAUUGGGAUGAUAACGGGGAGUGGGUCAAUGGAGGAAGAUUCACCCACUUUAUCUUCAUUUCUACAGGACGCCUAUCGGUUCAUCCUCUACAAUAGUCAAACUAUUGGCGAAGCUCCUCUUCAAGCAUACUGUGCUGCUAUUACCUUCAGCCCUGUUAAGGGCAUCGUUCGCAGCACGUUCCUAGACUUCAUUCCACCCUGGACCAUAAGGUAUCCAGACUGGAGAGAUGAGUGGGGAGCCGAACUCAUGGCGUUGAAAGGGAAGUCCUAUGGCUUUGAUGUGUCCAGUGAUGGGAAGGUCCUAGUUUCAGCAGACUACGAAGGAGUAACGAAAGUGUGGGAUAUCACCACAGGACAUGAGAUGGCAAACUUCCGGCAUUCCUCUAGGCCUUAUGAAAUCGCCAUAUCACGAGACAACACAACGAUUGCAACUCAAGUUGAGGACAAUGAAAUUGCACUGCGGUCUCUUGUGGAUGAGGAUGAAGCCGUCAUGCCUCGCUCCUCCAAACCGUUUGCACACAUUAUUACCUCACCCACGGAUGAUAUUGUAGCAUCGAUAUCAGCAAACCACACGAUUAUGCUAUGGGACUUGAAAACCUUGAAGGUCGUCGAGCAGGUUACUUAUGACGACGAAGAGGGCUACCUCCGUCCACCACUUGUCUUUUCACCUUGUGGACAAGUGCUAAUAGCAGGGGAGACUGAAGUCACAGAGAUGGAAACUGAGAUGGGAAGUGGUGCCUAUUCAAUUACCUGGCAUCCCAAAAAGUUGUCGAUACUCGCCAUCGGAUUCUGUGGUUCUAUCCUACUUCACGAUGUAGCCAGUGCUUCACCGCAAAAGAUCAACCACUUCCACUUGCCCGAUUCAGUCACGCGUCCAAUACAUGACUUGAUCUUUGCAGGAAGUUCCUCAAUCUUGGUAUCUAAAGACACCGCAGGCUCUAUAAGCUUAUGGGAUACCGAGAUGACAAGUCCUCUGAUUACAGGAAAGAGAAGCAUACAGUCUCUCGAUUUCCUACACGGGAAUGGAAACAGGGUGCUGGUAGUCACAGAAGGCUAUGCUGAGAUAUUGGAUUCACGAAGAAGGUCCAGACAAACCUUUCUCACUGGCAACAGGACGGUUGCGUGUUCUCCAGCUCAAGACCUUUUUGCCUUCUGUUCAUGGAAUAAUGCAAUUCAGUUUUGGAAUAGAACCCUGACAUUAGUCAAAUGGAUCCCUGGAUCCACCGACGUCUUCUUUCCUCAAGGCGGUACUCACGUGGUCCUCUUGUCUCGCAACAAAGCCCUCGUUUUGGACUAUGCCAAGCUUGAUAUCAAGUGCCAGAUUGAGCUUUCUGGAGAGUGGGUGCCUGACGAUGGAGUUAUUCUUACCAGCCAAGCAAUGGGUCUUGUCACCAAGGGGGACGAAGAAGGAUCCAGAAAGAUUUGGCUGUUUCUGUUGGAAACUGGUACAGUCGUGCCUGGCUUUCCUCGUUCAGUCGGCCCCAAGGAAAAGAAGCCCUCAUUGUUCACAUCGCCCGAUGGCCAGUUCAUGAUAUACGAAGGCACUGAUAAAAACAAUAGCAAUUGA